CUUGUAAUAAAAGAGUGUGGAUUAGAGCGAUGUAGACUGAAGUUUUCGGAUCAUUGAAAUUCGAGAUGUUUGAGUUGAAUUUUAUCAAAAACAGUGGUGGUUAAAUAAGAACAUAAUAUAAAAAAUUUAGUAUUUUUUGGAAGGAAUUUUAUUUUGAAGCUAAUUAGCUGUUACGUUCUAUUCUCAGAAAUUUGAAGAUAUUCUUUUGAAACUUGCUAAGUUUUAACCUGUUGUAGAUAAUGGACAGAUUUAACAAAACUGGACAAAAUGUCAUACAUAUGAAUACAAGAGCUCAAGAUAAAAAGAUAUCUCAAAAGCCAAAAACUCACAUGAGUUCGACUCAAAAGUCUCCAUAUCCACCUAUUCAAAAUAGAAAGACUGUUCAGCCUAAGAAAGGAGUGAAAGAAGAAGUCAAGACUCCAAAGCCAGCUUCCUCUAAAACAAUACCUGAGCACCAGAUUUCAACCUUUGAUAAGUUCAUGCUCCUCAAACUUGAAAAUGAUAUCAGAGAGACAAUCGAAGAAGCCAUUACUUGGAGAUUUAUCACUGACUUCAAGAAGCUAGAAAAAUUGUACGAAAAGCUUCUACAAGAGAAAAAGACUAUCAAAGUGAAGGAGCAAGAGGCAUCUUCAGCCAUCAAUGAUGACAUCAAUGAUUCUGGUUGGUCAGGGAUAAUGUACAGUGCCUAUCAACAAGUCCCCAGAGCUGUAGACUUUUUCAUCACAGAAGGAGCUGAUGUUACCAAGGCGAACUCUGUAGGUUGGAACUCACUAUUCUUACUCGCUAUGAAUGAGAAGUACAACAAUACAUGUGGAACUUGUAUGGGAUGUUUCCUUCAUAAAAAUGAUAGGAAAAUUUACUGUGAUAAUCACUUGAAAAUAAUCCAAAUUGCUGAAAGUCUCAUCGAAGCCGGCUGUGACUAUGAAGCAAAAGAUACAGUUGGAAAUACAGCAAAAGUUUAUUGAGAAAGAAUCAAAAAUGUUCCUCUAAUGAAGCUCUUUAAUCAUUUAGACAAUGUUAAAUUUUCUAAACAGAAGAGAAAGGAGUUUCUCUUUGCUUGGACAAAAUCAAAGGAAUCGAAGGAGGUAAAACUAAAGAAUUCAAGUAGGUCCUUGCAUAAGAUCUCUUUUAAUUUGAUGACAGUCAUCAUAAAGUAUAUCUAAAUUUUGAAUUUCGAUCAAC